AUGAUAAAAUUAGUCUAAACUAACUAAUCUAUUUCUAAUAACAAACUUCCUGAUAAUGACAAUAAAGCUUCGAAAUAGAAUAAAUUUUCACGCUUUGACCCUGAUAAAAUUUCAGAUGACGAGGAUAAUUCUUGGGCUGAGGAUCUGUCACAGUCAGGAGGCUCUGAUGGAGGAGGAGGUCGAGGAGGUGAAGAGGACUAUUAUGGAGAAGAAGAAGAAUACGGAGAAGAGUCAAUAGACAAAGGCCAUAAAAUAGAGGCACUUGAGGAAACUCCGACUGCCCAUAAUUAGGAUGAAAGUUAUGUAAUUCGUAAAAAAAAUAAUAAGAGAGUGACUAUCAAUGUUUAUUGCACAGAAUAUGAAAUUGUUAAGAAAGUUUCAAGGAAAGUGAAUAAUUUCAAAUUGAAAGAAUUAGAAGAAGAUCAUGAAGGAGCUGUUAUCAAAGGAUAAGGAGGUUAGAAACUUAGCCAUGCCUGGGAUAUAUCUUGGCAUGAUUUGGCUAUCACUCCGGAUUAUAUGUCGAAGAUGCAGUCUUAUCAAAAAGUGAAUCAUUUCCCAGGUAUGUAUGUGGUCUGUCGAAAGAAUUUUCUCGCGAGAAAUUUAAUGAAAAUGCAAAGAUAAUUCCCAGAUGAGUAUAGCUUCUUUCCUAAGACAUGGCUAUUACCUUCAGAAUAAAUAGAAUUCAGAAAUUAAUUUACGACUGUUAGUCUUAAUGGGAAGUCUAAUCCUAAAUAAGGUAAAAAGAAAACUUAUAUUGUUAAGCCAGAAGCAUUGUCUUAAGGUAAAGGAAUAUUUCUGAGUAGAAGUAUGGAGGAAAUCAUGGAUUCCUGCUAGAAUGAGGGUUGUGUAGUUCAGCGUUACAUUCAUCAACCUUAUCUAAUUGAUGAUUUAAAAUUUGAUCUAAGAAUAUAUGUGAUGUUAUAUGGAGUGAAUCCUUUAAGAAUAUACUUUCAUGAGUAAGGCUUAGCAAGAUUUGCUACUGAAGAGUAUCAGUGCCCAGUCAACUCAAAUCUUGAUAAUCUUUAUAUGCAUUUGACAAACUAUGCUAUUAAUAAAAAUAAUGACAAAUUUCAAUAAAAUGAAGAUGAAGAUGAGGAUGAUUAAGGACACAAAAGAUCUCUGAAUGCUAUAUUAUGUUUACUAAAGCAAGAAGGACAUGAUCCAGAAAGACUUUUGCGUGAAAUAAAAGAUAUUAUAGUGAAGACUUUGGUGAUUGGUCAACCAUAUCUUUCGCAUUUAUAUAAAUCUUGCUAGCCAGAAGAUCUUGAUAAUUCCAUGUGUUUCUAAAUUUUGGGCUUUGAUGUAAUAUUAGAUCAUAAAUGCAAACCAUGGUUACUUGAAGUAAACCAGAGUCCUAGUUUCUCUACUGAUUCCCCAUUAGAUUAUAAAAUUAAGAAGUAAGUUAUUGGAGAUGCAUUUAAUUUGCUAAAUUGUUCACAUGAAAGAAGAUAAGAGCAUAUAAGACUCAAAAAAGAAGAAAUGGAGAAACGCAUUAUGACAGGGAAAAUAAAUAAAAUCAAUUAAGAGGAAAAAGAAAAAAUUAGAUAGGAAAAAUUGAAAGAGCGAUUUGAAUAUGAAGAAGAUAGAAUGGGAGGAUACGAACUUAUUUUCCCGUGUGAGGAUGAAACCUAAAAUAAACUCUAUGAAUCCUAUAUUUAAAAAGCAAAUGAUCUAUGGGAUGAUUUCACAACAGGUGGAAAAAGCAAAAAAGCCAAGGAAUAGCUGAAUGAAAAAAAAAAUUCUAUUGUUUAAUGA